UUUUCCACAUAGACCUAGCUUCAAUUCCUGCCCCUGUUUUUGGUUUGUUUUGCUGAUGUGACUCAGCCUCUCAACACCGCCUCUUCAUCUGUAAAUUGAGCUGAGCACCCUUCCACAAACAGCGUUUGGCAGCAAUGGCUUGGCCCCGCGUGCAGCUGGUUGUCACCGCUGAUGACUUUGGUUACUGCCCGAGGCGCGAUAAGGGCAUCGUGGAGGCCUUCCUGGCAGGAACUGUGACCAGCGUGUCACUGCUGGUCAACGGCACAGCCGCAGAGAGCGCGGCCGAGCUGGCCCGCAGGUGCGGAGGCGUGGCUGCAGGAGGAUGCUCAUCAAGAUCCUCAAAGCUCAGCCCAGAGGUUUUAAAGGAAGUCGUUGGGGCAAACGCGGAUACGCUCCUAGUUCAAACACUGGAGCAGUCACACCGUGGCACCAAACGGAGUUCUUCGUUCCAGAAGUUCAAGGUAUCUGUGCCCCUCCAGGUGCGGGAGGAACUAGAAGCUCAACUCAGCCGCUUCCGGGAGUUGUUGGGCAGGUCCCCCACGCACGUAGACGGGCACCAGCAUGUGCACGUGCUCCCAGGAGUGUGUCAGGUGUUCGCCGAGGCUCUGCAGGCGUUCGGGGUGCGCUUCACUCGGCUGCCAGUAGAAUGCGGCGUGGGCAGCUGCUCGUGGCUGGAAGCACCAGCGCGUGCCUUCGCCUGCACUGUGGAGCGCGAUGCCCGGGCUGCCAUGGGCCCCUUCUCCCGCCACGGCCUUCGGUGGACCGACGCCUUUGUGGGCCUGAGCACUUGUGGCCGCCACAUGUCUGCUCACCGAGUCCUGGCGUCACUGGCACGGGCCCUCGAAGAUAUCCCCGCUGGCCGUGCCCUGACUGCCGAACUGAUGGCACACCCAGGAUACCCCAGUGUGCCUCCAGCAGGGGGAUGCGGUGAGGGCCCCGAUGCUUUCUCUUGUUCUUGGGAGCGGCUGCAUGAGCUGCAUGUCCUCACUGCACCCACCUUGAGGGCUCGGCUGGCCCAGAAUGGUGUGCAGCUCUGCGCCCUAGACGACCUGGAUUCCAAAAGGCCCGGGGAAGGGGUCCCCUGUGAGGCAACUCUUGAGCCCUUCCUGGAACCUUCCCUACCCUGACACCAAAGACCAGCUAGCUACGAACUGCCUCUCACUGUGGAGGAAGGCCAGGGUUCAGCCUGGUUCAGCCUGGAACCAGGCCUUGGAACAGAGUCUAGUUUCUUAGAAUGACAAGUCACUAACCCAGGUCCUCGCCGCUGAGUACUGCUGCAGGCAAGCUAGUCUGUGACAUCUGGAUUUAAGGCCUGUUUGAGCAUCUGAUGCCAAUUCAUGUUGCAGUUAAAACACUUCUUUAGUGGAGCAGUGGAGAGAGGUUGGUGUGUUAAUAAAAUGUCUUUCAGAUUUG